CGCGGCGCGGCUCGACGGAUGUUAUGCCGCGCGCAGGAAGGGAGAGGGAGCUCGCUGUCCCCAGCCUCGCACUUCCCUUUUACUAGGGAAGGGAGGGAAAGAGAGAGAAAGAAAGGAAAGAAACGCCGGUGGGGGAGGGCGCGCCGGGUUGUAAAGCAGGCGUGGCCAGGCGAGCUUUGCGCAUGAGAUUUCCUGUCCUGCCCAAGAACAGAGCCAGCGCGCAACGAGGGCAGCCCCGACGCCCACCUCGCUCCUCUCCAAGCUCGCUUUCCUUGGGUGGCGUUUAGGCGGACUCAUGGAACGCUUAAAGCACGAAAGGAGCUGAAUUUCUCUCUUCCUCGAAGGCACUUCGGGGUUCUCCCCCCACAACUUGGUGGAAACUUGCCAGGCUCCCUGCUACUUGCCACAGCUGUAUAAAAGAUGCACUAUUACCGGUAUUCUUCUGCUGAAGUCAGCUGUUGGUACAAAUACCUGCUUUUCAGCUACAACAUAAUCUUCUGGCUAGCCGGAGUUGCCUUUCUUGGGGCUGGUCUUUGGGCCUGGAGCGAAAAGGGGGUGCUCUCUGACAUAUCCCAAAUGACCCGCCUCCACGGCUUUGACCCUGUGAUCCUUAUCUUGUUUGUUGGCGGGAUAAUGUUCAUUCUGGGAUUUGCUGGCUGUGUAGGAGCCCUGCGGGAGAACAUCUGCCUCCUGAAAUUCUUCUGUGGCACAAUUGUGCUAAUUUUUAUCCUGGAGUUGGCAGCAGCUGUCCUGGCUUUCUUGUUCCAAGACUGGGUGAGGGACCGGGUGGAGACGUUUUUCAAGAACAACAUUAAGUCUUACCGAGAUGACAUUGACCUGCAGAACCUCAUUGAUUCGUUGCAGAAAAUGAAUAACUGUUGUGGUGCUCAGGAGCCAAACGACUGGAACCUUAACAUAUACUUCAACUGCAGUAGCACAAGCAAGAGCCGUGAGAGAUGUGGCGUUCCUUUUUCCUGCUGCAUCCAAGAUCCUGCUCAAAAGGUUGUCAACACGCAGUGUGGCUAUGAUGUAAGAAAUCUGCCUGUAUCCGCUUGGGGAGAACGAAUUUACACCAGGGGCUGCAUCCCUGCUCUGGAAGCUUGGUUGCCCCGGAAUAUUUACAUCGUGGCAGGAAUUUUUGUAGCAAUUUCGUUAUUGCAGAUAUUUGGGAUUUUCCUGGCCAGGACACUGAUUUGUGACAUUGAAGCUGUGAAGGCAGGUUACCAUUUCUGAA